AUGUGGAGUCGAAAAUGUGGAGGUGCAGCGAGGACAUUAAUCUUAUUGAUUUUACUGGAAAUAAAGGGGACAGAAUCAGUGAUUCACACUCUGAGGUAUUUCUACUCAGCAUCUUCAGGAAUACCAAACGUCCCAUCCUACAUGUCUGCUGGUUUUCUGGAUGAUGUUCAGAUAAGUUACUGUGACAGUGUCACAAACAGAAACAUUCCUACACAGGAUUGGAUGAACAACGUUGGUUCAGAUAAUCCACAUUACUGGGAGGAGGAAACACUAACAUGUCUGGCUAAACAGGAAACUCUGAAGGAAAACACUGAAAUUGUAAAACUUCGUUUCAACCAGACUGCAGGAGUUCAUGUCUAUCAGCACAUGUACGGCUGUGACUGGGAUAAUGAGACUGGAGAGGUCAAAGGUUAUGAUCAGAUAGGUUAUGAUGGAGAGGAUUUCAUAGCUCUGGACCUGAACGCAUCAUCAUGGAUCGCUGCAAAACCAGAAGCUGUCCUCACCAAACACAAGUGGAAUAACAAUAAAUACUCUUUACAAUAUGAGAAGUUUUACUUUACAAAAGUUUGUGUUGAAUGGCUGAAGAGGUAUGUGAGAAGUGGGAGGAGAUCUCUGAUGAAAACAGAUCUUCUAAAAGUGUUUCUCCUUCAGAAAACUUCCUCAUCUCCGGUCAGCUGCCUCGCUGCAGGUUUGUACCCCGACAAAGCUGAGAUGUUCUGGAGAAAAGAUGGAAAAGAGAUUCAUAAGGGUGUAGAAACAGAAGAGAUCCUCGCCAACAAUGAUGGGACGUUCCAGAUGAGCGUUCACAUCGAUCUGUCAUCUGUUGCACCUGAAGACUGGACCCAGUAUGAAUGUGUGUUUCAGCUCUCUGGAGAAAAAGACUUCGUUAACAAAGCUGACAAAGAGAAGAUCAGGACAAAUGAAACAAUUUCCAAUUUCAUGAUCAUCCCAAUCAUCGUUGUUGUUGUUGUUGUUGUUGUUGCUUCCAUUGCUGUGAUUGGAUUCAAUCUUUAG